GGAAGGCGGCUGGGCUGGCCCUCUUGCCCUGCCCUGCCCUGCCCCACAGCCGGGUUCUUCUUCUUCCCCAGGUCCGCAUCUGAGGCGGGAUUGAAUCCUUUCAAGUUGAGGGGCCACUGCCGCACCUCCCGAGGCCCUUUUCCGAAAGCAGCGCGCGCCCUCCUUUCUCCCCGCGGCAUCCCAGACACCAGCUGCUCGACCGGGGUUCCUCUGCCCUCCGCUUCUCCUGCCCGGCGAGCUUCAGACGAGCCGCCCGCCUUCGCCGUCUCUCCCCCUGCCUCUCUCCCCCCACCCCACUCCCCGGCUCCUGCCUGCCUGCCUGCCUGCCUCCCUUCCUAGCCAGCCCAGCCCGCUCUUCGCUCGCCCCUCGGCGGCGUCUGGUGGCCCCUUCCCAGCCCUGCCCGCUCCGCUUCCCGCCGUCCCGCAGCGCGCGCGCGUGGGGGCGUGCAGGGGUGGGGGCGCCGAGGGAGCGAAGGCAGGCAAGCGGCCUCUCCGCCUCCUCCCUCGCCUGCAGCGCGCCCGACGGCGGCCGGAGCCCGUGCGGCGUGGAUCGCGAGCCGCCGGAGGGACGCCCGAUGGUGCCGCGCGGCGACGGCGGGGGAGGUGCCAGGCGCCUUGUGCAGCUCGCGCUGCGCUCGCCCUCGCGGAGCCUGCGCCUCUGGCUGCUGCUGCUCCUGCUCCUGGCGGCUCUCGGCCACGCGUGGACCUACCGCGAGGAACCUGAGGAGAGCGACAGGGAAGUGUGUUCCGAGAGCAAAGUCGCCACCACCAAAUACCCGUGCUUGAAGCCCGGCGGGGAACUCAGCACUUGCUUCAGAAAAAAGUGCUGCAAAGGUUACAAGUUUGUUCUUGGACAAUGUAUUCCCGAAGACUAUGACGUUUGUGCAGAUGCUCCUUGUGAACAGCAGUGCACCGACAACUUUGGUCGAGUCUUAUGUACGUGCUAUCCUGGUUAUCGGUAUGACCGUGAAAGACACAGGAACCGAGAAAAACCCUAUUGCUUAGAUGUUGAUGAAUGUACCACAAGCACUGAGCCUCUCUGCCCUCACAUCUGUGUAAAUACUCUUGGUAGCUAUCGGUGUGACUGUCACGAAGGAUACAUACGUGAGGAUGAUGGGAAAAUAUGCACCAAAGGAGAUAAAGCAGGCUUUUCGGAGAAGGUGGACAAUGUGGUGAAACCAGGGGCUUGUUGUGCCUCCUGCCGAGAAUUCCACCAGAUCAAACAGACGGUAUUGCAACUGAAACAAAAGGUUGCUUGGCUACCAAAUAAUGCUGUUGACCUUAACAAACCAAUCACAGGAGAAAAAGUACUUGCAUCCAAUGUUUACGUACCUGGCCCUCCUGGACAGCCAGGGGAUCGGGGUCCUCCAGGGGUUGCAGGUCCAAAGGGGAGCCCUGGAUUUCCUGGUUCCCCUGGUCCUCCCGGGGUGCCAGGCCCUAGAGGAGCCAUGGGGCCGAUGGGACCAUCUCCAGACCUCUCACAUAUUAAGCAGGGCAGAAGAGGGCCUGUGGGUCCUCCAGGUGCACCAGGAAGAGAUGGAGCAAAGGGUGAGAGAGGUGCACCAGGAGAAAAGGGCCCACCUGGGCCACCCGGUUCCUUUGACUUCUUGCUGUUGAUGAUGGCAGAUAUCAGGAAUGACAUUGCUGAGCUGCAAGAGAGGAUCUUUGGACAUAGGACUCAUUCAUCAGCAGAGGAGUUUCCACUACCUCAUGAAUUUGCUAACUACCAGGAUGUGGACGUUGGAUCUGGAGAAGACUAUAAACAGAGGACUAUACCAGAAGACUCGAGAACAUCUGAAGAAGGCAAUCAUUAAAAAAAAAAAAAACCAAGGACCUCUGCUUUGGAAAGAGUGAGAAGGGGUUGGGUUGUGAUCCAUAGGUCACUUAAGCCAGCUUAUUUGCACGCACCUCAGCUUAGCAGUAGAAAAAAAUAAGUGGAUUGUAAGACUAUGUGUCAGGAGGGUUACUACAUUCUUCCCCUAAAUGUUAUGGCCCAGACAAACAAUGAGGCAAGGUAGGUUAUUCAUGAUGCUAUAUCAAAGUCUUGUCUUGCAGUUUCUUCCGGUAUCAAAGAGAUUCCUGGCUUCAGGGUGCUUGGGAAUUUUUGGGGGAACUUAUUGGGCUACUUUUGAGCUAAUUUUUAUUACCUGCUCACACUUCCCAAUCUGAAGAAGUCCUACAAGAAGAUUAACAUAUGGUGGUACCUUGGUACUCAGCAUUAAUUCAUUCUGGGAGGUGCGACGGGUACUAAAAAGGAUGAGUUCCCAACAAACCACAUGACUUCCCAUGUAAUCCUUUGUUUUGGGAAGAACUUUCUGACUCUCCCUUUUCCUACGUCAGUGACCUUCCCAGCAUGGCUGACUUCCUGUCCACCCUCUAUGGUUGUCCCCCUCCUUUUGCAGUGACCAUCUCAGCACCUUCCUGUCUGUUUCUCACAGCUGUCCCCCUCUUCUGAUAGCACGCAUCAAAGACUAAACAAAGGCUAAGUAUUGGGACAUUUUCACAUCAAAAUGUAUUGAAAAUCAAAUUUGAUGAGUUUUGAAGCAGUCAAGUACCAAGGUACCAUUAUAGUGCCUUUCUUCUGGAUUUAAUGAAAGUGUAGGAAGCAGGAACUAGAGAGCUGGCUGUACAAUGGAACACCCAUCAGAAGUACAGGACAAAGUCAUCUUAACUCAGAACGUUUAGCCAAUUAGUUGCUUCUCAGGUGCCCACAAAGAAGAGACAGAAAAAUGCCUUUUUACCAAUUUUUCCCUGAAGUUAUAAUUGGGUAACAUUACGUCUUCAUCAUGAAUAGCUUUGAUGGUCCUGUCCCCCACGAACCUAUCUAAUGCUCCUUCAAAGACACUCAAGAGAAUGACUAUUACUAUUUCUUGUGGGAGAAGACAUAAUGAAUUUUACAAGAAUUUACUUAUAAGAAUUUCAUUGGAAAUUCUUUUUUCCCUUGGAAGAUAAAAAAAAUGGUUUUCAUCAAAUUGAAUGAGAACUAAUAGCAACAGAAAAGCAGCAAAAUCUUUCAGCAUAGCACAAGUGAUUAUCACCCAGAAGAAGUCUUUGUAACUAGAAUGUCCCACUGAAAAUUGUGUAUUUGAAUGUUUUCUCUAGAAAAAAAAUAAUCUUCCUUUUAUUUGGAAACCACUGAAACUGCUCUGCUAAGAAAGAAAGCUUCUGUAUCGGUAUUUCCCUUAAUAUGCAAGAAUUUGUGAGUUGGAACACUCAAUCAUUCGAUCCCUCAUUGAUGCUUGUCCUCAAUUUAUGACCAUAAUGGAACCUACCCAUUAUGGUCAUAAGUCAUGAGAGCCGUAAAGCAGAUCAUCCACAUAACCAAUCAGAUUCUAAGAUCUUUUUUUUUUGCAAUGGUCGUUCAGUGAACAUCUGAUGGUUAAGCUAUGGGGCACUUCUGUCCCAAAGCAAAAGUAAACAUUGGUUUUCAGCAAAAAUGUUGUAAAUCAUGGUCGUGUGACCAUAGGGCACGUCAAACAGCCAUAAAUGUGGGCCGGUUGCCAAACACCCAAAGUGCGGUCAUGUGACCGUGGGAAUUCAGCUGUUUAUCUGUAUCAUGCAAUAGAUUAAUAUCAGCACAAUGGGGCGAUCUCACAUCUGUAACAGCAAAUGUUCUGAAAGAGGCAAGGAUACUGAUGUUGGCUACAGUACUGUGGCUGAAACGGUUUGUAGAUUGCACUGUUAAAAAGUUGUACUCUAUUUUAAACAUGCACUGAUAAUGUAUAAAGUUAUAUAAAUGUUUUAUUGUCCAACACUUUUUCUUCUGUUUGAAUUUGACUCUUCGUUCUUCACCAGUGAGAUUAUCUCGGCUGUAUGCACCUGAACAUAGAACCAGAUGCAAAAUGUGAUUUAAGCAAAUUUACCUGCAAAAUAUUCUCAUUGUGGACAGUCUGAAGUAGUAUGUCCAAACCUCAUAACUUACAAUUUAGUCUAUCUGUAACUAAUUCAGUGUUUCUUCUUGUAAUAGUGCAGCAAGAUGGGUCCCUCCCAGUUGCCUCUUGUAUCUUAAUCCUUGUGUCUCCUGCUAGUGGCACCUGAUGAGGGAGAGUCUUUAACUGGAGCGUCACUGUCCACUCCUGCUUCCUAUUGGCAGGUCUGUUGUAAGGAAGAGUUCAACAGUACAAUAAUGAACCAGUUGAAUUAGACGUCUGGAAUUGUAUUGGACAAUUGAUGGGAAGAUUACAUAAACCAGAAUUAGAAUGGAAAGAUUAUGUGUGUUUAUGAAAUCAAGCCCUCUUGGUUGCCAUAGCGGUUAAACAUAUGCUCUGUUUAAAUCGUGCCAUUGCUAUUUUAUUAAUGCCAAUUUAAUCAACUAUUUUGUAACACUAUAACGAGACAAUCACAGGUAUAUUUUUGCUCUCUCUAAGCUGUAGCUUAACAUGUCUGCAAUAAAACAGUGGCUGGGUAGUAAAUGCUUUUUAAAGCCACCGUCCCAAGGAUGCUAUGCAAUGCUAAGGCCAAAUUCCAUUAGAAAUAAUGGGCAAUAAUUUUGCUUCCCCAAAAGAGAGGGAACCUCUCAACAUUUCUGCCACUGGAGAAGCCCCGUGUAUUUACAGAAAGGUCUGUGGUUUAGUUGCAUUGUUGGAAGGAUAUCUUAAUUAAUACAGCAGUACAAAUAGAUAAGACGUGGAGUUUAGGAAGUCCUGAUUUUUUUCAGCUCAUUGGCAUACCCUAAAAUUAGACACCAUUCAUUUCUUUCAGAAGAAUUUUAAAAGCCAAAAAGGAUGCUUAAUACUAUGAUAGCAUCUUUCCAUUUGUCACUUUGAUUGGAAGGACACACGUAAUGCUUGGAAAACACAGUUCCUUUUGUACCCUGUUUCCCUGAAAAUAAGACGUAUCAUGCUUUUAACAUAUAAACCCUCCCCCCAAAAUAAGCCCUACUAAGAACCUGCACUGCCACCCGCCAGGGGUGAAAUGCUCCCGGUCGGACCAGGUCGCACGAUCUGGUAGCGAUGGGAGCAGGUAGUUCGGAGAACCGGUAGCAAAAAUCUCUGCCCCCCCCCCACUGCCCACGCCUCGCUGUUCCUCUUCUCCAUCCCUGAAGCUCUCGGUGGUGAUAUAGCUGCAAACGGCCUUAAAUGACUGCCGCGGCACUUCAAAGGGCCGCACUACAGCUGAUCAGCGCUUUAGGCAGCUAGUAGACUGGUGCCUCUAUUUUUAAAGAAGGUAGACCGGCGCCUCCCAAGUUUUGUAUACCUUAUUAUUUUUAUUAUUUAUUAUUAUUGACCAUGCCCAUUCAGUCACCUGACCACCAAGCCACACCCACCAAUUAAGCCAUGCCCACAGAACCGGUAGGGAAAAUUUUUAGAUUUCACCCCUGCCACCUGCCCAUUCCGUCUGGUUGCUCACGGUGAUGCGGGCACAAGGUGAUGCUGGGGGUUGGAACUGCCCCAAGUGCCCCGCACCAGCUUACCUCAAGGCCUCCGCAGCCAGGCCGUCCACACCUUGACACCUGCCUCGCAGCCAUGUGCAGCAGGAGCCCACAUGGCCGCUGGCCCACUUCUGUUUGCUCACAGCCACAAUAGAGCAGGAGGCUGAGUGGUGUGUUGCUGCUGUGGCCACGAGACGAGGCAGAUGUCGGGGGCCCUGAGGUAAGCCAGAGCAGGGUGUGUGAGGCACCGCCAACCCCCCUACUUUAUGGUGGCACUGGCGCACCCUGUGGCCUCCUGCCCCACCGCAGAAGCGACAAGCAAAAGUGGGUCUCCCGUACAUGGAAAAAGAAUAAGACACCCCCUGAAAAAAAAAGCCGUCGUGCUUAUUUUGGGGCCCAAAAGAAAAUAAGACCCGGUCUUAUUUUGAGGGAAAUAAUGGAUAGGAUUGCUCUGUAAAUAUAAUGAUUACUAUUCAAAGCUGAUAAUUGCAUGAAAUGGUUCACCCCAAGAACGGUGAAGUCUAAAACUUUUGCCCAGAUUCUCUGAGUUCACAGGCAUCUCCUGUCCAAUUCCAGUAAAUACAGGUAAUCCGCGACUUAUGACUACAGCGGGAACCAGAAUUUUCCGUUGCUAAGCAAGGUGGUUGCUAAAUGAGUCACACUUGAUUUUAGAACCUUUUUUGGCAGAAAUCCAGCUUCCCCCAUGGAGUUUGCUUGUCGGAAGCUGGAUUGGGAAGGCCACAAAUGGAAAUCACAAGACCUGGGCAUGCAGCAACCGUUAUAAAUACAUGCCGGUUGCCAAGUACCUGAAUUUUGAUCACAUGACCAUGGGGAUGGCUGUAAGUGCGAGGACAGCAUUUUUUUUCAAUGCUGCUAUAACUUUGAACGGUUGCUAGGCAAAUAGUUGCAAGUCAAGGACUAUCUGUAGGAUCACAGCCUCGGGUUUUACACAUGGUCGUUUCCCACAAGAAAAUAAAAUCUAGUAUUUCUCCAAGUACAAACAUUUGGUAUUUCAUUAUUUGGCACAGAAUACAAAUAUGGGUAAUUGGAAGCAGACACUUAAGUAUAACUUUACUGAUUAAUCAGUUGACCAUUUCAAAGCAAUGGGCAUCUGCCACAAGUAGUAGUGAAAGAAGAGGAAAAAGACAAAGUAAUAAGUUUCCAUUUGAGUAAUCUCUUCAGAUUUUAAAGCAAUCUCUGCCUAAAAUCUGAUGAAUCAAUUCUCCCACAGAAUCCUCAUGUCAAUGAAUGAAUGAUUCAAGGGCAAAACAAACUAAAUGACCAUAAAUUUCUAGGAUUAUAUGCUAUCAUUUUUGAGAUGCUUUAUAGCAAACCAAAGGAACCAAAUAUUGUGUCUUUGUGCACAUGUAGAAACAUAUGUAAUACAUUAUUAUUUAUACUAAUUAUAUGAAGUACUAAAAAUGUAUAAAACUGUAAUUGUGCAGUAUAUUUGCAAAUAAAGAGGAAUAUUUUUUUAA